AAUAAACAAUCUUUGGAUUGAAUCAAAAGUGAUAUCAAUUAUUGACAUUAAUUUGUGACCAACGAUGGCAUCCUUAAGAUUAUUACUACAGAAACCAAUUCAUAUGAUAUCAACACCAAUGCGGCGACAAGUGUUACCAUCACUGGUAUCUCAAUUUCGAUCGCAAAGUACUACUGCACCGCAAACACCAAUCGAAAAGCCGUUACACCCGACAGUUCGGCCACAAGAUAUGGCUACAAGACAACAAUUGAUUGAAUUUGGUCGCUAUGUUGCCGAGUGUUUACCGAAGUUUGUCCAGAAGGUGCAGAUAACACAUAGCAAUGAAUUGGAAGUAUUGAUAGCACCCGAAGGUGUCGUUCCUGUGAUACACUUCUUAAAGGACAACCAAUCGGCUCAGUUCACAAACCUGUCUGACAUAUGUGGUGUCGAUAUACCGACUCGUGAGUACAGGUUUGAAGUGGUAUAUAAUUUGUUAUCACUUCGGUAUAACUCAAGAAUCCGUGUCAAGACAUACGCUGAUGAGUUGACACCACUCGAGUCUAUCACUUGUCUGUUCAAAGGCGCCAAUUGGUAUGAAAGAGAGGUUUGGGAUAUGUAUGGCGUCUUUUUUAUUAAUCAUCCGGAUAUGAGACGUAUUCUCACUGAUUAUGGCUUUGAAGGACAUCCGUUCCGUAAAGACUUUCCAUUGAGUGGUUAUACAGAGUGUCGAUAUGACGAUGAAGUUAAACGAGUGGUUAUUGAGCCUUUGGAAAUGACACAAGAAUUCAGAAAAUUUGAUUUGCAAUCUCCGUGGGAACAGUUCCCCAAUUAUCGUGAUGUAGAGACACUGCCUGUUGAAGACGUGCCGUUACCACAAACUGAUGCAAAACAAUCAGAAAAGGCGAAGUAG